AACCAGUGACAGAGCUACGAUUUCACUCACAGCAACGCAACCUGCCGCUACAGCAACUGCCAACAGCAGGAGGACGUCUGCUUCUGACUGGACGGAUGGACGUCCUUUCAGACUGUCUCACUGAUCAGCUGACCUGGACUCAGUCAGGUAACAGCCUCAGUUAAGCCCCACCCAGCACCCACCUCCCCCUCACGUCAGGUGAAGACAACAGUCAGCAGGAUGAGCCUGUUGAAGGAGGUGGAGCCAGGACAGGAAAUUGAGGGAAAGGUGCAGACCUGGGCUCAGUCUCUGGUGUACACGCUGGAGGAACUCGAGUGUAAAAUCUGCUAUAACCGCUAUGACACGCGCAGCCGGAAGCCCAAACUGCUGGGCUGUCUGCACCGAGUCUGCGCCAAGUGUCUGAAGAAGAUGGUCGACAUGGGAGAGUCUUCGCCGUCCAUAAUCAGCUGCCCAUUCUGCCGCCACGAGACGUAUGUCCCCGACGAAGAGGUGUGGCUGAUGGAGGACGACCGGCACAUCCUGGCGGUCCUGUCGUGUCAGGAUCGUGCUCGGCGAGGAGGUGGAGCAGGAAGUGGGAGCGGUGGGGAGGUAGUGCUAAGUCCCAGCAGUCUGACAGGGGGCGGAGCUGCAGGCAGCGGCGAGGAGGCAUCCCACCGCUCCUCGGACUGUCUCGUCAUCACCAUCAUGGAGCUCCCAGAGGAGUCGCCGUCCUCAGAUUCACUGAGCAUGCUCAAUGUAGUGGGUCUGUACCGUGCUCCCAGCCUGGACUCGCUGCCCUGCAACCUCCCGGGUCAGAAGUGUCGUGCCUGGACAUCCCGCAGCUUCCCACGCUGCCUGCUGGGGGCACUCUGCCUGGUGUACUUUAGCUCGCUGCCGUUGGGGAUCUAUCUGCUGAUGAUUGGUCAGCUAUGGCUGGGCGUGGUCCUCGUCAGUCUCGUCCCGUCCACGCUGCUGCUGCUCGUCCUUUACGGCUUCUGUCAGUGUCUCUGCCACGAGCUAAUGGAGGCGCUUGCUGCCCGCACGCACUCACUACCGUGACAACAAAAUGUAGCCAUAGAAAAGCCUGUAGACUGAGCCAUCACACUCUGACAUCACUCUGACCCCGCCCUCUGUGAAUACCAGCAAGUCCCCCUCACACAUCCCCUUGGUGGAAAUACGGCCAAUCAGUGUUGAACUACGUGAUGACAUCAACACAUAUAGGAAGUGGAGACAGUCCUCUCCAGUCAGAAGACAUCUGCUGACUAAUCAGAGACAUGUUACUGCUCUGUGCACCAAUCAUAAAACUGUUUUACCUGCUGAUUACAGAACACACCUGUACCUGUAUCACCUGUUUAUCCCACAGUCACAUGACCUGACAGGCUGUUAGCCUAGCUUAGCACAAACACUAAUCACAGAGGGAAAGUGCUAGCCUAGCUUAGCAUGUGUAUUUAGCUUUGAAGCUGUGCUUAUUCUAAGCUAUGCUAACAGUCCUGAUGUCCUGUCUGUAAAAUGAUUCAUGAACCCUGUGAUGAUGAUGAGUGUCACUUCCUGUCCGUGUAGUGGGCGGAGCCUUUGGAGAAUCAGCUGUUUAGUUUUGUGAUGAAAUAAAUAAACAUAAGUGACA